UUAAAGGAAGGUUUUGCGCCCCGCCAAUUCUGAGCUCAGGAGACGCAACUGACUUUGAGGAGGGAUUGGUUCUUGUAAUGUUGAGGGAAACUUCAGUAAUGCUCCUGUGCAGAGAACAGAAGUUGUAUGAUAAGAAUUUUAGUAGCAUAUUAAGAGAGUAAAUUCAGUGUUUCAAAUUGGAUGAUUGGAUUUGUGAAAUAAACCUUUUAAUUUUCACAGUAAAAUGGCUGAAGGUGGAGGUUUACUGGAUCAGGAACAGUUCAGCUGUUCAAUCUGCCUGGAUCUACUGAAGGAUCCGGUGACCAUUUCCUGUGGACACAGUUACUGUAUGGGCUGCAUUAAGGGCUGCUGGGAUCAGGAUGAUCAUACUGGUGUCUACAGCUGUCCCCUGUGCAGGGAGACCUUCACCCCAAGGCCUGUUUUUAGAAAAAACACCAUGCUGGCUGAAGUGGUGGAGAAACUGAAGAAGACAGGACUCCAAGCUGCUCCUCCUGCUCACUGUUACGCUGGACCUGGAGACGUGGCGUGUGAUGUCUGCACUGGGAGAAAGCACAAAGCUGUCAAGUCCUGUCUGGUGUGUCUGGCCUCUUACUGUGAAACUCACCUCAAACUUCACAAUGAGCUUCACCCAGGAAACACACAUAAUGUCUUCAAUGCUACUGGACACCUGCAGGACAAUAUUUGCCAUCAACAUAAAAAACUGUUGGGCAUUUACUGUCGUACCGAUCAGCAGUGUAUCUGUCUGCUGUGUGUGAUGGAUGAACACAGAGGCCAUGAUACAGUCUCAGCUGCAGCAGAAAGGACUGAGAAACAGAAGCAGCUGGGGGCGACACAGAGUAAAUUCCAGCAGAGAAUCCAGGAGAGAGAGAAGGAGCUGCAGGAUCUGAGACAGGCUGUGCAGUCACUCAAGCGCUCUGCACAGGCAGCAGUGGAGGACAGUGAGAGCUUCUUUGCUGAGAUGAUCCGCUCCACUGAGAGAAGGUGCUCUGAGGUGAAAGAGCUGAUCAGAGAUCAGGAGAAGGUUGAAGCCCGACUGGCUGAAGGACUCCUGGAGCGACUGGAGCAGGAGAUUGCUGAGCUGAGGAGGAGAGACGCUGAGCUGGAGCAGCUUUCACACACAGAGGAUCACAUCCAUUUCCUCCAGAGCUGUCAGUCUCUCUGUGCCCCUCCUGGACCUGGAGACUUACUCAGCAUCACAGUCAGUCCACACGUCUCUUUUGAAGAUGUGAGGAAAUGUGUCUCUGAGCUGAAAGAGCGACUGGAGGACGUCUGCAAAGUGGAACGGCUCAAAAUUUCUGAAUCAGUGAAAGAAGUCCAUACUGUAGAGCCCAGGACCAGAGAGGAUUUCUUACAGUAUUCCUGUCAGCUCACACUGGACCCCAACACAGCGUAUGAACAGCUCCGUCUGUCUGAGGGGAACAGAGAGGUGACCCGUGUGAGAGAGAUCCAGUCAUAUCCUGAUCAUCCAGAGAGAUUUGACUACUGGUCCCAGGUGCUGUGCAGAGAGGGUCUGUCUGGACACUGUUACUGGGAGGCUGAGUGGAGAGGGGGGUAUGGGGUUGAUAUAGCAGUGUCCUAUAAAGACAUCAGCAGGAAAGGAGACGAUGAUGAUGCUGCUCUGGGAGGUAAUGAGAAGUCCUGGGCUUUGCGCUGCUCUGCCUCCGGUUACUCUUUCUGGCACAAUAAUAAGAGCAUUAAAAUCCCUGUUCGUCCCUCCUCCUCCAGAAUAGGAGUGUACCUGGAUCACUGGGCAGGAACUCUGUCCUUCUACAGCGUCUCUGACACAAUAACCCUCCUGCACAGAGUCCAGACCACAUUCACUCAGCCCCUCUAUCCUGGGUUUUGGCUUUAUAGUGGUGCUUCUUCUGUGAAACUGUGAUAGGAGAGAGGGAGGAUCAGCUGUAAUCAGAGUGAGAGAAAAACACUUCAGUGAGACAGAGAGGAGAAGUAAAUAAAACAUGGAAGUUGCAUUGCCUCCCAAAUGGGCAGAUACAUCCUUUAUUGAAAAUGAUCUUUUCAUUUUAUCCGAGACAUUGUGUGGUAUCGAGAAUUUAUCAGAAACCAAAGAGAGGUCAAUCAGGAAUAAGACAGGAAAUAUGUGCAUUCAGAAAAUAGGAUUAUCUGCUUACAUUUCAGGUUCUUCCACACAGGACUCUUGUGAUGAUCACUCUGUUGGGAGAAAGUCGUUCUGUGGUUUAUGUUCAUGUGUCC